AUGUCUUUGCCAAAGAUUGCUGUCAUAGGUGCUGGCCCUGCCGGGUUGACCUUUGCUCGUCUUAUUCAAUAUAAUGGCAUUCCAUGUACCAUAUUUGAAUUAGACAGUGACCGAAAUGCACGAAGCAGAGGAGGCUCACUUGAUAUCCACGAAGGAUCAGCUCAAGUUGCACUCCGGGAAGCUGGAUUGUAUGAGAGAUUCUUGGCAGUUGCACGACCGGAGGGGGAAGUUCUCAAGAUCUACGACCCUUCUGGAAAUCUCAUACUUGAUGAGAGCAAAGAUGUUGGUGAAAGCAGACCAGAUUCUUUCAAAGGACGUCCUGAAGUGGAUCGAGUACAGCUUCGUAAUAUGCUUUUAGAUUCUCUUGAGCCUGGAAGCAUCAAGUGGGGACACAAGCUACAACGUGUCGAAACAUCCGCUGAUGCAGCAUCUCUUACGUAUGAUUUACACUUUCAAGAUUCUGUCGAGAGAGGCUUUGAUUUAGUUGUCGGAGCAGAUGGGGCUUGGAGCAAAGUACGCCAUAUAAUUUCCAACACGCGGCCACAAUUUGCUGGAAUCACGGGAGUGGAAGCCAAAGUUUUGAACAUCGAUCAGAAAGACCCAGCUCUCGCAAAACGAGUUGGCUUGGGUAUGUGCCUCACCCUCGGCAACCACCAAACUGUACUAUCACAGCGUAACGGUGAUGGGUCUGUUCAAACGUAUGGAUUCUUCCGAAGACCUGAGAACUGGCAAGAAACAUGUGGUAUUGAUUGGUCCGCGCCUGAGGUGGGACAGAAAUUCGUAGAUAAAUAUUACGAAGAUUGGGACCAAGACGCGAAGGAUUUGAUUAUCAAGAGUGACGAAGAAGCAAUUCCAAGGCCAAUGUAUAUGCUUCCGAUAGGGCAUAAGUGGCUUCACAGAGCAGGUGCAACCCUACUAGGUGAUGCAGCUCACCUCAUGACUCCAUUUGCAGGCGUAGGAGUAAAUGUUGCAAUGGAGGAUGGAAUGGAACUUGCAAGAGCUGUGAUUGCUCGUAAACCAAACUGGGCAGGAAAGGAUAAGUUCGAAGAUGCUGCCGGUUUGUCCGAAGCUGUAAGAAAUUAUGAGCUGGCUAUGUUUGAUCGUGCAGAGGGAUAUGCAAAGGAAACUUGGAUGUAUCUAAACCUCUUCUUCAAUGAAAGAGGAGGACAUGCAAUGGUUGAAAGUUUCGCGGAGCAAAAGAAGCAGCAGAAAAAGGAAGCUGAGUCAAAGGUGUUGGAAAAGGAGACUGUCAAUAUUGAGGUUCACAGUCAUCUUGUAGCCAGUUUCCGCGUCUGGAUUCUUGGAUCAGCGUCUCAAGACGAAAGGAGAUUAAUUAUGCAGCUUUUUGUGAUUGGCGGUAGUGGAAGAACGGGUAAGAUGGUAAUCGAAGAAGCAUUACUUCGAGGUCAUGAUGUGACAGCCUUAGUUCGAGACCCCUCUUCCAUGGAAGCCAAGGAUGGUUUGAAGCUUUUCAAAGGUACCCCUCUCAAUAAGGCUGAUAUCAAAGCUGCAUUCGAAGCAAGUACCAAUAUCCCAUCCGUUGUUAUUGUUACUCUGAGCGCCCCUCGUACAUCCGAUAGCCCUUUCGCUGCAUCUAUUUCUCCACCAAGGCUUAUGGCAGACUCAAAUGCCAAUAUAAUUGCCGUUAUGAAGGAAUUUGAUGUACGCAAGAUUGUUGUGAUGCAAGCGUUUGGAGUAGGAGAUAGCUGGCCGCAUAUGCACUUCUUACUUCGAAUGUUGAUGAAGAAGUCAAACAUGUAUCUGCAAUACGAUGAUCACAACUUGGUGGACAAAGAAGUCAAGGCUAGUGAUAUUAACUAUGUUCUCGCUCGGCCGGCCAGACUGGAGGAGGGCGAAGCAAAGCCCGUUAAAGUGUAUGGUAAUAAAGGUAUGGGGGUUGCCAUGAUGGCUAGUAUCACACGAGAAAGCGUAGCCAACUGGCUUGUCAAUGCAGCGGAGCAAGAAACGUGGGAUUCGCAGACUCCUGUAUUGGCGAAUUAG